CGAUGUCACCGCCCUUGUCCUCGAAUGUGAGUCGAAGGAACUCGUUCAGUAUUGCCUCCCACGCCCACGCUUUCAAGAAACAAGCCAUGGCGACUCAGAGAUUUCAGAGCUCGUUGUUUGAUAUUGAAAUGCCUAGGCCGUGUACACUUCCCGCCGCGGUGCAAACCGUGUCCCGUGCGAUAUUCUGCCCUGCGCCAGAGUUGAUGGCGUCCACCGCCUGGCUCGCCGCACUCAGUUCGUCUUCGGCGCCCUUGAAGAAGGUCGUGUUGACGUUUGCGGUGAACGGUGGUGAUGCAGCCAUGCAAUCCGCUAGGAAAAUAGUGUUGAGCAGUGACGAGAACGAUGAAGCCAAAAUGAUUGCACUCCUGAUCCUCGGGACUUGGGCGGUACUCAAGGCGGUGAACAGACCACAUUGGGUAGCGGAUGUGGCGGCGGAGUUGGUCGUUGUUUUGCAGAGGGAUCAAAUACAGUGGCAGGAGAAGGGGAUUCCGAAGCAGCGUAUUUUCGCUGCUUUGGCACAUUUUAAUGCGGAGAGUACGAGGACGGAUCCGGGUGCGACGAAGGUGUUGAGGGAGUAUCUCAGGGAACAUGGCGUUCCGGAACCAGAAGCGUCGCAGACUUCGACGCUUAGUCAGGCGUUGUACGAGAGCGCUGUGGCUCCAAUCCUCGCGUUUCGAACUGGUUUGCAUAGCGUCAUCGCUGACCUCCAUCUUGGCCGGAAGGUGGAGUUGGAGCCGUUAUGGGCUGACCGACCAAGUCUGGUGAACAAUUUCGAAGGACCGCAGUUUACCGCUGCCACCGACAUGGAACGCUGGAUCUCCCUCGAAUGCCGCGUCGUCCUAACCCAAUUCCACGGCGCUCGACUCCUCCAGAUCUCAACAUCCAUGCUCCGAUCCCCCUCCUCCCUCGAAGAAACAUGUUCCGCGAUCUCCGAUAUUGUGCGUUCGAUCGUUGAUGAUGCUGAUGUCGACGGCGAAGAGAAGGUUGUGGCGGCAGUCUUUUUGAGAAUCAGGUGGGCCGUUGAGAUGGCGGCGUUGGAGACUGGGUUGGUGGAGGUUAGGGAGAGGUGUAUGGGUUUCGUUAAGAGGUUUACCGGGGGGAGUGAGAGGGGACGGGAGACAUUGUGGAUGGUUACUGGGAUCUAAAUUGGAGAUGGGAGAUGGAAGGAGAGUGAGAGAAGAAGAUGGUUAUACCGUAUAUCUAUAGAUACCUUAGUGACGUGAUAGGACGCUGGCGUUUGGAAAUCGUUCAUGAAUAUACCUGAUAUUAACCUACAAC